AUGUCCGCCACAGAGUUCAAGGAGUCAAUCGACCACCUCGAAUCCGAGAAACCACAGCAACUCGAGAGCCUCGCAGAGCGCGGCCACGCCGUCACAGACGAGCAUGGCAACGUCCUUGUGGAGUUCGAUGCAGCGGCGGAAAAACGUCUGGUCCGUAAAAUCGACCUCUUCGUCGUCCCCACCGUCGCCAUGAUCUAUCUCUGGUGUUUCAUCGACCGCGCCAAUAUCGGUAAUGCCAAAAUCGCCGGCAUGCAAAAAGACCUCAACCUCCAUGGAUAUCGCUACAAUAUCCUGCUCACCUCCUUCUACGUGUCGUACAUUUUGUUUGAGAUUCCUUCGAAUAUCUUGUGCAAGUGGAUCGGACCGGCUAUUUGGUUGCCGGCCAUCACCUUUCUCUUUGGCCUCAUGAGUAUGGCGACGGCAUUUGUGCAUUCGUUUGGAUCGGCCGUGGUCGUGCGUUUCCUUCUAGGCGUCUUUGAGGCAGGCGUGCUUCCCGGAAUCGCAUAUUACCUCUCGCGGUGGUAUCGCAAGAGCGAGUUGAUCUUCCGUCUCGCUUUAUACCUCUGCACCGCCCCUUUGGCCGGCGCGUUUGGCGGACUACUCGCCGGCGCAAUUCUCUCUCUGCCAGGAAUUGGAAGUGUUCAUUCAUGGCAACAACUUUUCCUUGUCGAAGGCAUCAUCACAAUGGGUGUCGCUCUCAUUGCAUUCUUCACUAUGACCGACCACCCUAAUACGGCUCGUUGGCUCUCGGACGAUGAGAAAGCUCUCGCCAUCGCCCGCGUAAAGUCGGAAAACGUUGGAACGACCGAAGUCACCGAUAAGCUAGACAAGAAGAAACUACUCGCUGGAAUCGUCAACCCCAACACCCUCGCCACAUCGUGGAUCUUCCUCUUUGUCAAUGUCACCGUUCAAGGUAUUGCUUUCUUCACCCCCACCAUUGUCGCCACAAUUUACCCGAACGAGUCCAUUGUUCGCAAACAACUCUGGACAGUCCCUCCCUACGUCGUCGGCGUGGUCAUCAACCUCAUCAUCCCCUUUGCCUCGUGGAAGACUGACCGGCGCCUGGUCUUUUUCAUCUCUUCCGCCUGUCUCGCUAUUACCGGAUACAUCAUGUUCCUCGCAACGACCAACCCCCGCGUCCGGUACGGCGCCGUCUUCUUCGCCAUCAGUGGUUCGUUCCCCUUUGGCGCCCUUUGUAAUGCACACGUCGCGGUCAAUGUGCUUUCCGACUCGGCACGAUCCACUGCAAUCGGAUGGAAUGUCAUGGUCGGUAAUAUUGGCGGCCUUAUCUCCACAUGGUCGUAUCUCCCCCACGAUUCGCCCGACUUCCAUAUUGGUAAUGGCCUCAACCUCGCGGGUAACUGCACCAUCCUCAUCACUUCCAUUCUCCUCCUCCUUUACCUCGGCGCCGACAACAAGAAGCGCGACAAGGUCACCGACGACGAGGUCGACGCAAAGCUCGCUGGCAAGACCCAGCUCGAGAUCCAGGAGCUCGACUGGAAGCACCCCGCCUGGCGCUGGCACCUUUAA